AUGUCAACUUUCGAACAUCAAAUCGACGAACUCCAAGAUCAAGAGCCACAAUUUGAGGUAAACCAAAUUUUUUGCCGCAAAAUUUUCCUUCUCACAUGUGACCAUAGAGUUGUUUACCAUUUUUUUCCAACAAAUUUCUCAGCGUCUCUUCAAAUCCCAUACUCUCUCGCCGUUGUUUUCAGUUUUUUGUGUCGUUUCGUUUCUGUUUUUUUUUAUUUUCAUUCUGUUUCUUUUUUUCUCUCUCUGUUUCUUUUUUUGCAGCGGAAAAAAAGAAGUUGUUAAUUUUAAAAAUAAAUAAUAAAGUAGGUUUUUGAUAAAGAAACAUUCUUUCAUUGUGUAUUAGUUUUGAGAUUGUGAUGUUCGGCUUUUGGGAGGUGUUGAGUUUCUCUUUGUUUUUUUUAAUAUUAAAAAAAAUAUUUUUUAGGCUAACAACAAGAAAUUCGACGAUAUGACGAUGAAUUUUGUGAAAAUGGCAAAUCGUUUGGAUUCUUCAACAAACGAAAAAUCGUUGAAUUUCAUUUUAUUGGGGAAACCACACAAAGAAAAACAAAUCAAUCAUCCAACAUAUUUGGAAAUGAUUCAAGUAAGUUAAAAAACCCCCGGUUUUCUAGAAAAUAAAAUGAAAUCCUUCAGGGUGCAAUUCGAGCAAUUAACAAUGGUAAAGGCUCAAGUCGCACUGAAAUUUUGAAAUACAUAGCGCAAAACUAUCAUCUCUCGGAAAAUCUUCCAAAAGUUAAUUUAAACCUCAACACCGCUCUCAAAAAAGCGGUCAAUUCUGGAGAUUUGGAGCAAUCGCCACGUGAAAGAUCGGGAAGUUUCACGUUGUCUUCAGAGCAUGAGAAGAAUCUUCAAUUGAUGCCAAUUAAUCGAUCGACACCCAUCAAAAUGUUGGAGGCUGUCAGAAAAAAUGUUGAGGUAUAGUUUGGGUAUAUUUCAAACAUUAAAUCAUUGAAUCAAAUACCAAAAAAAUUGUAUUUCCAGAAACCGGCCAAAAAACAAGCAACCAAAAAACGUUCACAAAAAAUUGCAAAAAUCAAGAAGGUUCCAACUCCAUCAACAACUUCGAUGAAAUUGCGAAACAGAAAAUAA